AUGGUAACUCCCUGUGCAAUGGAAGUCUGGGAGUGCGACAACAGUGGUAGAGCCCACAUCAGCAAGGUUAUCCUUGCUGGCAACAAGCCAGACCAAAUCAUGUGUGGGAACAGUGCCAUUUGGAUUCAGCAGGUGGGAGAGAAAACCUAUGAGUGUCCUGAGUGUGGGAAGAGCUUCAGCCGGAGCUCUUACCUAAGCCAGCACCAGAGGAUCCACCUGGCAGAGAAACCCUUCAGCUGCUCCGAAUGUGGGAAGAGUUUCACCCGCAACUCGGACCUGAUCAAACACCAGCGGAUCCACACCGGCGAGAAGCCCUACCAAUGCAGUGAGUGUGAGAAGACCUUCAGCCAGAGGUCCAAUGUGAUCAGGCACCAGCGGACCCACACGGGAGAGAGACACUACCAGUGCAACGAGUGUGGGAAGAGCUUCAGCCAGAACUCACACCUCAUUGUCCACCAGCGGAGCCACAAGGGUGAGAAACCCUUUAAUUGCCCCCGAUGUGAGAAAAGCUUCAGCGACCGCUCCUCCCUGAUCAUACAUCGGAGAGUCCACACUGGAGAGAAGCCCCACAAGUGCCAGGAAUGUGGGAAGCGUUUCCGGGACAGCUCAGCCAUCAUUCGGCAUCAGAGGAUCCACACGGGAGAGAAACCAUACGAGUGCACCGAGUGCGGGAAAGCCUUCCGGCAGAGCUCCUCACUGGUGACCCACAUGCGAACACACACAGGUGAGAAGCCCUAUAAGUGCCCUGUGUGUGGGAAGGGCUUUAGCCAGAGCUCGGCGCUCACCACUCAUCGCCGGAUCCACGGCGGGACAGCCUUGCCCAUAUACCAAGGUAGCCUCCUGCCCACCCCUUACCAGUGCGCCGAGUGCGGCCGGAGGUGCAGCGACCACUCCACCCUGGCCAAGCACCAGAGCACACACGCCGAGGAGCGGCCCUACAUCUGUGUGGAGUGCGGGGACAGCUUCCGACGGAGCUCAGCUCUCAACGUGCACCUGAGGAUCCACCGCGGGGAGAGACCGUAUAAGUGCGAGGAGUGCGGAAAAGCGUUCAGGCACAGCUCAGCCCUCGGUGCCCACCUGAGGAUCCACGCAGGAGCCAAGCCCUACGAGUGCGGCGAGUGUGGGAAAAGCUUCCGGAAAAGCUCAACGCUUAAAGUGCAUUUGAAGAUCCACGCGGCCAAGAAACCUUAUAAAUGUAUGCUGGGUAGGAGAAUGCUCACCUCCGCCUCCCUUCUGCCAUAG